AUGUCGAAAAACAAUACAAUGACCUCUGCAGUCUCCGAUAUGCUUUCACAGCAACAGCUGAACCUUCAACACCUGCAUAACUUGCAGCAGCAUACAAGAAGUAUGACUUCAGCAGACCAUGCCUACGUUUUACAACAACAGCAACAACAACAGCAACAGCAACAGCAGCAGAGUGCAAACUUUCAAAAUGGCAGUUUGACAUCUGCUGAUGUAAACCAGCAAAACUAUUUGAACGGCCAACCCGUUCGGUCAACCAGCAACUCUACGUUCCAGAACAAUAGGACGUUAACAAUGAAUUCUGGAGGGUUGCAAGGUAUAAUGAGUGACGGUUCUCCCAAUAUUGACUCGACUACCAAUGUAACCAUUGCCGCAGCAGAUUCUAACAAUAAUAACGGCAAACAGUUCCAAGGAAAAAACUCCCUAACGAACACAUCAUUAUUGUCGAGAGCUCGAUCUUCUUUACAACGCCAAAGGCUUUCUCAACAACAACAACAACAGCAGGACCCUAGAUCGCCAUUAGUCAUACUAGUACCUACGGCUGCACAGCCCACAGAUAUUCUUGCGGCAAGGUUUUCAGCUUGGAGGAAUGUUAUCAAAUCAGUGAUUGUUUAUUUGACAGAAAUCGCCUCUAUUCAGGAUGAAAUCGUGAGACAACAACUAAGAUUAUCACAUGCUGUACAAUUUCCAUUUUUUUCAAUAGAAAAUCAAUACCAACCAAGUUCACAGGAGGAUAAAUCAGUUCAAAAGUUUUUUUUACCACUGGGUAAUGGUUCGAUACAGGACUUACCAACAAUUUUGAACCAAUAUCACGAAUCAUUGGCAUCCAGUGCCUCCAAGGCCUCAAGGGAACUGACCAAUGAUGUUAUUCCUCGUUUGGAAGACUUAAGAAGAGAUCUUUUAGUCAAGAUAAAGGAGAUAAAAUCUCUACAAUCGGAUUUCAAAAAUUCCUGUUCUAAAGAAUUGCAACAAACCAAACAGGCAAUGAAACAAUUUCAGGAGUCUUUAAAGGAUGCACGCUAUUCAGUGCCUAAACAAGAUCCUUUUUUAACUAAGCUGACGCUUGAUAGACAGAUUAAAAAGCAGCUUCAGGAGGAGAAUUUUUUGCACGAAGCUUUUGAUAAUCUGGAAACUUCAGGUGCUGAAUUAGAAAAAAUUGUAGUUAUGGAAAUUCAAAACUCCUUAACCAUAUAUGCAAGAUUGCUGGGACAAGAAGCGCAAUUGGUCUUCGAUAUAUUAAUAUCCAAGUUAGAUUCUGGUUUUUUCAAUGUUGAUCCACAAUUUGAAUGGGAUAACUUCAUUUCAAGAGAUCCCAACUUUUUACUACCUAAUUUGCCAAUGAGAUCAUUUAAAGAAAUUGUUUACAAAUAUCAAUCCGAUCCUUUAACUUAUGAGAUAAAAUCUGGGUUUUUGGAAAGGAGAUCAAAAUUUUUAAAGUCUUAUUCAAAGGGAUAUUACGUGUUAACACCUAAUUUUUUACAUGAAUUUAAGACCGCAGAUAGGAAAAAAGAUCUAGUUCCAGUGAUGUCGUUAGCAUUAAGUGAAUGUACCGUGACAGAACAUUCUCGAAAGAAUAACACAUCAUCACCAAAUUCGACUGGUUCGGAUGCUAAGUUUGUGUUACAUGCCAAGCAAAAUGGCAUAAUUCGCCGUGGUCACAAUUGGGUUUUUAAAGCAGACUCUUAUGAAGCAAUGAUGUCUUGGUUUGACAAUUUGAAGAUAUUAACUUCUAUUUCGAGUAUACAGGACAAGUAUAAAUUUAUUACACAAAAAUUAAACCUGAAUUCAGAUGGGAAACCUAAGGUGACUAAUAAUGGCGCCAGUAGUGAUAAGUAUCAGCAAAGUAAUGCCAAUAGUACAAUGGUGGAAAACGAUGAAAACGAUGAUAUCAACAGUAAUUAUGUGGGGUCCACGGUAACACCAAAAUUGGACAAUCAAACAAAUACUAAUACAUCCAUGUCGUCAUUGCCUGAUACUAAUGAUUCUGAAUUACAGGAUCAAGUUCCCAAUAUUUAUAUUCAAACACCAAUAAAUGAUUUCAAAUCAUAA